AUGAAGCAAUACCCAUACACGCAGAGAGUAUCUAUAUCUAAACAGCUCAUAGCAACCAAACACAUAAUGAAGAAAAGAGAAGGGAAGAAGAAGAAGUCACCGCUUCUUCUUUCCAACAACCUUAGUGAACCCAUCCUCAUCCACCUCAGGUUCAACCUUCUCCUUCGGAGCCCUAACCAAAGCAGGAGCCUCCUCCAUAUCAACGUCCUCCUCAUCCUCCUCAUCAUCCUCAUCGGAAUCCUGGUCCUCAUCCUCACCCCUUUUGAAAGCCGCCGCAACAUUACUAGCCUUCUGCUGACUCUUCGUCUGGUAGUUCUCCCACAUCUGCUUGAUAGGACCGAAAUCGCCCUUCGCCACCAACCCCCUCACCUCCAUAAUCUCCGCCGCAACAGGCACCGCACUCUCAUCGUCAAUCACCACAUCAAACUCAUCAUUCAUAACCUGGAUCAACACAUCCUCAAGAUCCUCUGCAUCCGUCUCGGGUCGAUCAUUCAGCAUAUCGGAGAUCGCACCGCAGAGCCAAUCGCGCUUAUCAGAUGA